AUGACUGACUCACGGCGCAGCCAGAGGAAGACAUCCCCGAGGGAAACAUCCUUUAUUGAGGAUUGUUCUGAAUACACAUCCCGAUCCGGAUCUUACUCAUGCCCUUCAAAUGAGGACAGAAGUGACCAAAUGGGCAAGCACGGAAAACGGACGUACCACAUUUAUCCGAAUGUGAUGAUGGUGAUGAGACAUACGGAGCGAUUGGACGAUUUCUUCCCGGAUUGGAUCGAGAGAUGCGACAGAGGGUAUAAAGCUUUCGAUUUGAACAUGCCCAUGAUGUUACCAGUCAAACGACCACUUUACCACUACGAAGGUGAUCCACCAAUCACGAACACUGGCGAUAUUCUUGCAAGGAUUAUUGCCAGAGGAAUGUACGCAGCCGGCUAUGUUCCUAACUUGAUCUACGCCUCUCCUUCUCUGCGCUGCAUACAAACAGCUAAUGCAAUGAGAUCCAUCCUCAAAUGCGACGCGAAGAUAAGGGUUGAACCAGGACUCUUCGAAAAUACCCCAAAUACCUCACUCUAUCCGAAAGGGCUCCCAUAUUUUGCCACGCCUGAACAGCGAGCUCAAUUUCACGUCGACGAAGGUUACAGACCGUAUAUGACUGUCUAUGAUUUGAUGAAGGGGCGCGAAACACUUGCGGACUUCAACAAACGCAUUAAGAAUACUCUGAUGCGCAUUGCAAAAAUCUACGAAGUGAGCCCAGUUAAGAAGGAUCAGAUUGUCCUGAUUGUUGCUCACGCUUCCACUGUCGAUAUGGCCGCUGGCCUUCUCGCAAGAUCCCGUAAAUCUUACCUGGAGGACUUCACUGAUAUUAACAAAAAGGUUCCAAGUGGCAGCUUGCUCGUGCUGGAGAGAGUGCAGGGUCGUCGCGGAUGGACUCCAAAUUUGUACGCAGUUCCUCCUGUGACACUUCACGAUUUCACCACGGAGUUCGACGCUUCUUUUGUACUGAGAGAUGCUUGCCAGGCGAAGUAA